AUGUCAUCCUUUGCCUAUUACUCUCUCCCCGGCUUCGGCGAGCAAUGCCGCGAGCAAUACGGGUUCAGCGAUGCCUGCAUUAUCGGUGACCGAAUGAUCAUCACUGGCCAGACCGGCAUGGAUCCGGUGACAUGCCAGACCGCUCCUGAUCUGGAGGCCCAAGUUGCCCAGGCCUUUGAGAACAUCAAGGCUCUGAUCGAGCGAACCUUGCAACAGGCCCAGCAUCCCGCCUACCAAGAGGGAAAGUCCGGCUGGGAGCAUGUCGUCAAGUUACACGCCUACUUUGUCGGCUUGUCGGCGGUGCGAGACGAAGCGCGAGCGAUCAUGGUGCGGCACAUUAAACAGGCGUGCCCUAAUCACCAGCCACUCUUCACCAUGGUGGGCAUCGAGAGCUUGCCAUUCCCCGAGCAUCGGGUUGAGCUGGAGGUUGAUGUAUGGAUUGGCUGA